GCCGCUUUGGCUCGAAAUUCAGCAGUGCCAUUCAGCUUUCGCAUUUUUCAGCAUCGCAUUUUGCGAGCACCAGCAGCACUCCCGCAUGGCUCCGAAGCGCAGGGUCUCAGCAAACAACGUUUCGUCUAAGCGCGGCAGGGUGGGCAAGGACAUGGCGAAGCUGCUCGCGCAGGAAGAAAAGCUUGAGUUCCAGAACCAGAUGGCGGAGCUGCAAGCUGAUUUGAUGAAGGACCCGUCGAAAUUGAAGCAGGUCCGCACCGUCAUGAAGGUCGAGCUUCCAACUGACCAUCAGCCCGCCAACCACCUCAACCCAGACCUGCUUGGGAAAGUGAUGGAAAAGCUCCCGCUGAAGUACCUGAAAGCAUGGAUCGAGGAGUCGAGCGGUUACACCAAAUCGCAAAUCCAAGCCAUGUGCUUGAAGGACUCCAAGGCCCCCGUCAAGCUCGCCAGUCGGGCCCUGGUUCUCGACAUGACCAAAGAGAGGAUCUUCACGUUGGACAAAGACGUCUUGACCGCGGCGUUCAAUGGCAGGCUGCAGGAGAUGGGAGGUUGGCCCGCUGAAGUCGCGCCGAGUCCCUCGUUCGAGUUCGCCUGGGGCCGCCAAGGCCACUUCACCCUGUUGCCCGUCAUGGACUCUGAGACCAAACUUGAAGAUCAUGUAUACACAACUCUCAGUUUCAAGGGCGUCGAGGUGCCUGUGUUCUCGGAUCUCACCAUCAAAGGCACGUACGUUGUCGAAGACAACUUCAACCAUUUGAAGGCUUACAUCUACGACCCGUGCAAGCCUUGGAACAAGGAGCCGUGCUGGGUCUCCUUCGAGAAGGCGGCCAAAACCAACCUUGCUCCGCCACUGGAGUGGAAGGAGUCUGGGAGCAGCAGCUCCCUCGAGGGUCCAUGCGAGUCUCCGCCAGCUCCUACCUCCAGCGGGAGUCCCCCAUCACUGCAACCAUCGGCGACACCCGAUUCAAAGCUGCCGCUGACCUCGGACGAUGGUAUCGAGCAGGCGCUGGAGGACGCCCUGGACAAGGCGAGCGAGUCUUCUGAGCUGCGCGUGCCGUCGGAAGCAAGCACGCUUCCAUCGGCGGCCCUUGCCUCCAAGGAUGUUCCCCCUCAGCCCAGUGUUCCAGUCCAGCCAGCGACCCAGGGCGCCAUUGUAGUAUUGCCUCCUGGCGUGCGCCCUGCAACGUUUCGCUCCCAGAGGAAGGCGGCAGCCCUUCAGAAACUUUCUUCUUCAACGUAGUUUUAGGUUUUACCAAGUGCACGCUUGUAUUCAUGUGCCCUCGGCCCGCUGAUUUGCCAAGUGCCGCGGGGAGGCAACGCGAGUCGGCAGCUGCAGUCACGCUACGGGCAAUGCGGUGGUGCUUCCCGCGUGAUAGGCGCACGCAGUGUCACGAUCAAAUGCGCAGCAGAA